AUUAAGCUAUAAACAGAGUUGUCCCUUCUCGGAGAUAGCAGCAGAUAUGUGUACACAUCAAACUGCUGUGUAACAUUACUUAGGGAAAUAUGACACGACUUAAAACAUUAGAAGAGAUUAGUUAUCUCUUUAUUAUCUUAUUUGCUUCAUGGAACGGUCUGGCAUCUGCAAACGAAAAAAAUGGGAACAAAAUUUCCGAUAAAGAAACAAAACAAACACAAAGUCAAAAUCAAACGACAUUAACAUCAACAGAACCCCCAGUUUUAACGGAAGCUGUAGCAACAAUGACAACAACCGACCUGAUGGUCACCGCCAAUUUAACAAGAUGUCCCCUUAUCAUUGUCACUCCUGGAUUUAUCUCGGAAUAUUUCGGUUCAUUUGCUUCAUUUACUGGCUAUGUUGAGUCGUAUUCUGAUCGAGCUCUUCUGUCAAAAUGGCUGAAAAUAACAUCAGAUGUAACCGAAAUCGUUGAUAUCAGCAGUAUGAAAUAUGUUGGAAGUAAACACUAUCCGUAUCCAAUACUCACGAUUCAUGAUUUGAAUUUUCAAGACGAUGUGAACUAUCAACUUCAAGUUCAAAUUUCGAUUGGAUGGUGUCAUAGCAAUACAGUGAACUUAGAAGUAAGAGGAAUACUGACGUUCUAUGACAAGUGUAAUGAGACAAAGGAAUGCAAUAGGGGUAAGGGAUUGUAUUGCUCUUCAAAGUACAAUUCCUGUAUGUGUAGAGCCGCAUUUUACCACAGGAACCAAACGUGUUAUAUACGAAACAAUCUGAGAGCAAUCUACAGAAGAUCGGAGGUUUCUACAACGUUAAUCACGUCCUGGUGGGACCAUCCUACCGUAGACGCUUCCCUCAUCCAGUCAUAUACAGUAGUUCUAACAGAAAAUGGGAUGACUCUGAACUUAAGUAAAGUCGUCGGGAAAGAGACGAAUUGUACCUUUGCCUCUAAUUUUUUGCCUGGUUAUUUGUACUAUCUUCGUAUCACCUCUGAAAUUCUACUGAGCGAUCCGACUGAAAGAUUUUCUGUAACAACAGACUCAAUACCUUUGGUAGUGGAUCCAUUGCCCCCUGGUGAAAUUGUAAGAAACGCUUCUAACUUUCAUCCAGAGCAUCUAUUUCUAAGAUGGAUUCCUCCAAAAUACGCCACUCACGUCAACAGAUACAGCGUUUCUAUAGACGCAAGAACGGAUUUAACAUCUUCAAACCAAAUUUUCUGGACGACAAGACUUGAACCUGGGACAACAUAUUUUGUUACUUUGAUUUCUAGAAGCUGGGUCGGUCAAUGGUUUUCCAAAGAUUCAUCUCCAUAUUCUGAACAGAUAGAAACAUUGCGCACUCCAAAAAUUGAACUUACACCACUACGUGUCAACCAACCAUUCCUCAAAAGUGUUGUAAUAACUGCCUCAGUUCGAAACAUUUCUGGUUUUCCACCAACUACAGAGGUAAAAUGGCGAAAAAACUCUAGAGAAAUUAACAUAACAGACUCUAGAUAUAAAGGAAGCACACUUCAUCUUCACAAUCCUAUUCUGCAUAUCAACAGAGCUGAUUUUUAUAACGAACAUGGACAAUUCUACGAGUGUGUUGCCCGCAAUUCGGAAGGAUGGGGAACCAGUGAUAAGGCUUAUGUAUAUCUGUAUGGAAGUAUAAAAUUUAUGGAGUCGUGUAAUGAAAGUCGAGAAUGUGUACCAAACCAAAACUAUGUGUGUCGCUCUGACUUAUGCCUAUGUUCUUCUUCCUAUUAUCACGAACAUUCUCUUUGCUAUCAUCGAAGUAGAUUGCGAGUGAGCAUACAAGGAAUAGAAAAAACUACAUGUAAGGCAACAGUUAAAUGGAGAAAACCGUCACAAAACAAUCAUCUCAUUUCUGGAUAUGUUGUGAGUUUACAGGCUCAUCGAUCUAGAGUAUGGAUGACUGAAGAAAUAAUACCUGUUGGAAACGUAACCGCAUACAGUACUUCAUGUAAACUACAACCAGGGCGCCUUUACAGAUUUAACAUCCAAUCGAACAUUUUGCUAAGAAAUCCUGAUGAAACUUUCAGUGUUGAUAUAUUUUCAGCUAAUAUUAUCUUAGAACCAUUGUCACCAAGCAAACUGGAUCGGGUAAAAAGUAACUUCUCCUCUCAACAUCUUUACCUAAAAUGGGAGAAACCUGCAGGUAACACAUUUCUCAGUCACUACCUGGUUAACAUCAAUGGUCACGAACAACAGACAUUAGGUAACUAUCCUGAGAUCUACUGGAGGAAGGGUCUGGUGCCAGGAGCAAUGUACAACGUGACAAUUACAGGAGUCAGUCAUGGGGAUAUCAUGGGUGGACCAUGGCUCGGAACUGCUAAAAGUAAACCAUACAUAGACUGGAUUGAAGUAGAUCAAAUUAAAGGAGGAUACGUGCAUAUGCCUUAUGGAGAAAGAGAUAGUGUUUUCUACGGUGAUGAUGUCACCAGUCCUUAUCUUAUAUCUCCAAUGGCAAUCUAUGCCAUGGAUGGAUCAGAACGUGGAUUCAACUGCGUAGUUAUUGGCUCAAAUGGUGUUAUAGGACUUGGAGAGGAGUUUAACUGGUUCAGUCCACAUAAUUUACACUCUUCAAGACUGAAAAAUAAACAAAUUAUUUGUCCCUUUUGGACUGAUUUACAAACAACAGAAACAGCAAGUGGUAUUUACUACAACACAUACCAAAGGGGAAAGGAUGCUGAAGACACUCUUUUCCUGAACAAAGCAAAUGAAAUGAUAAGAAUACAGUUUCCAGAUUUCCACGAUUUUGAGGCGACAUGGCUGGUCAAAGUGACUUGGGAAAACAUGACUUUAUUUGGAUAUCAUUCACAGCUCGUGACAUUCCAAUGUCUCCUGAUAACAGAUGGAGUCAGCACCUUUACAGUCAUAAAUUAUAUAGAUGUUAACCUUAAACCAAUCAAAAGAUUGAAAAUUAUUGUUGGAUAUCGCUUUCAGGAAAUAUUUACGAAGAAUAUUCUUUCAAACAAACAUUCUGCUUUUCAAAUGAGUCAAUAUCCAGGAAACAGAGGUGUGCCAGGAUUCUGGAUUUAUAAGAUGACCAUAGGAAGACCAUUGAAAAAGGAUGAUAAAGUAUGCUAUGACUGGUAUAUGAAAAACAAAGAAAUGGGUAUUCGAGAUCAACUGUUACCUGUACUUAGUCAAAUCCGGUGUCCGUGUGACAGUCGUUUGCUUAGAUUCGAUCCACGAUACGUCAUUAACAGAUUCGACAGGAAAUAUCGUGUCCUUUGCUAUGCAUCUAUGAUUGUUGGUAGAAAUGCUGAGUGUUGUUACAGAUUACAUCGAAGAAUAGAUAAUUUAAGUGUUCUUGAGCGAUCUCUUCCUGCAGUUGGGACACUGUUACAAUACAAUCCUUUCUUUGAGCGCCAUCUUUACAUAAAAAAUGACCUGAAACCAAGAGAGGCAUGUACUAAAUCUCGGCAUUUUAAAUGGUUUUAUGAAGUGCGGCCAAUUCCAGGUUGCUAUCGGAGGUCACCUUUUCGACCAGGAAUAAACUCUGGUGACCCUCACAUAAGAACACUUGAUGGAAAACAAUACACCUUUAAUGGCCACGGAGAAUACGUUAUGAUGAAAAUAACAAAAGGUGGGACGAGAUUCGACUUCCAGGCAAGAACAGAACCGGCAACAACAUCGAAUGGCACUGUCAUCAAUGCUACAGUAUUCAGUGCAUUUGUGGCUCAAGAUCAGACUGGAUCCAAAGUACAAAUAGAAAUGUCAUCUGACAAACAAGAUUUAAUAAUCAGAGGAAAUGGAAAUGACCUGACUACAAGAUUUCAGAAUACAAAUUAUUCUUACCUUACACAAAAUUUAUCCAUUCGUUGGGAAAAUAAAUCCAUAUCGGCAUCUUUUUUCCAGUCUUCAAUAAUUCUAAAAGUCCGACUUGGAGUACGAUUUUUGAUUUCGGAGGUUGUGGUUGAUGAUACGUACAUGGGCUUUGUCCAGGGAUUGAUGGGAAACUUUGAUGGGAAUAUUACAAACGACUUCAUUCUCCCAAAUGGGACCACUCUAAGUGAGAAUGAAGCAAGAACAGAACGGGACAUUUUCUACAAUUUUGGACAGCGAUGGUCUGUCAAUGACAAAUCUAUAUUCUAUUACGAUGAGGGACAAAAUCAUGAGAAUUUUUCACAUCCGGAAUUUGAACCUUUAUUCAUGGACGAAGUAGAUGAAGAACAGCUUAAUUCGGCUAAAGAAAUAUGUGGGACAAGCCCAUCUCAAGCCUGCAUUUUUGACUUUCUCGCAACAGGAGAUAUUAGUUUAGCUAUGUCAUCUGCCAACGAAGAAGCAAAAUCUUUAAACGACAUCGCCAUUGUAGAAAAUGAAAUUCCAAGUAUAUAUGGGAAUACGACAAUUAAUGCUGAAGUUAAUAACGAAGUUAUCUUAAGAUUUAACGCAUCUGAUGACGGUAAAGAAAGACCAGUGUUCAAAAUCUUAAAACAACCAGAGGGAUUUAGCUUCAACGCAACAAAUGGAGUAGCAACAUGGACUCCUAUAAGUACAAAUGUAUCAGAAAUAAGUGUUAGUGUUGUCGAUGACAAGGGGGUCGAAUCGCCAUCUCUGGAUGUUACAAUCAUACUGUGUAGUGGCUGCAGUAAUAGAGGUCGAUGUGACUAUGAAAAUUUCUUAACAACAGAAAAUGCCCUAAGUAAUAAGGCUGGAUGUAGUUGUAACAUCGGUUAUUCCGGUGAGGAUUGUGAACAAGACAUAGAUGCUUGUGUUCAGAGUCCAUGCUCUCUAGAUAGAAAUUGUACCGACCUUACUCCUGCUGAAGAGGUCAUACUGGGUCGAGGAUACAACUGCUCAGAGUGCCCACCUGGCUUUGUGGAUGUUGAUACUAAAUGUGCAGAUGUUGAUGAGUGUGGAUCUGUGUUCACCAACACCUGCAAUGUUUCUAGCGAGAUGUGUGAAAAUACUGACGGAAGCUAUAUAUGUCAUUGUUUGAAUGGUUAUAGAAAAAUAAACGACAUUUGUCAAGACAUUGACGAGUGUUUAGAGGACACUUCAGACUGUGAACAAAUAUGUCGAAAUACACAGGGUUCGUUUAAUUGUGAUUACCACUUAGGAUUUAUCUUAAAUAUCGACAAAUCAUCGUGUAUUAAAUCAGAAGACAACCUCUGUGAAAACUUUGAAAUGUGUGAAUACACAUGUGGAAAUGCUUCUGGAACGUUGAAGUGUGUGUGUCCGCUGGGAUACGAAUUAGCAUCUAAUGGCUUAAACUGUAAAGGAAUAAGAAUAAUACAUACUUUGAAAACUAUAGAGUGUGAAAUUCCUGAUUAUGGUGAGAACUGUAGUAAAGUGUGUGAAUGUGGUUCUGGUGGAGACCGCUGUGACCCAGUUAGUGGGUGUGUCUGUCUGCCAGGGUGGACCGGGGUAAAAUGUGACGAAGACAUUGACGAGUGUUCAGUGGAUCCAUUUAUAUGUGGUUCUGACCGAGAGUGCCAGAAUCUGGAAAGUUCAUACGUGUGCAUUUGUGGGGAAGGUUUUGAUAUAAAUGGUGAUAAAUGUGAAGAUAUUGACGAGUGUGCUGACGAGAGCUUAAAUGAUUGUCCAGAAUUUACAUUUUGUGUCAAUACAAAUGGUAAUUAUACAUGUGAAUGUCAAAGUGGAUUCCAGCUUAUAAACGAUGAAUGUGAAGAUAUAAAUGAAUGUGAGACCGGACGACACGGCUGUACCCAACUGUGUAUCAAUGUAGAUGGUGAUUAUAAUUGUUAUGAUGCAACACGGAUUCAAUCUUCAAAAUUGUAA